AUGGUGGACAAUAAGCUGACCUGGAGAGACCAAAUUUUCCGUACUGCGGACAAGGCCGCUAAGGUAGUGCAAUCCCUUAGUAGGCUAAUGGCCAACGUCGGUGGUCCCAGGUCUAGCCGAAGACGGCUCCUCAUGUCUGCAGUCCAGUCCGUCCUCCUGUACGGAGCUGAGGUGUGGGUAGAUGCAUUAAACAAGGAGGUGUAUCGGAUGCGGCUUGCUCGGGUGCAGCGACAAGCAGCUCUCAGAGUCGCAUCAGCAUAUCGUACAGUUUCUGAGCCUGCCGUCCUGGUGAUUGCUGGAGUCAUCCCGGUCAAACUUCUGGCUGAGGAGAGGAAAGCAAUAUACCAGCGAAAAGGCGAGAUCGGCAAGGAACGUGCCACAUCAGAAGAGCGCACCCGCACCUACCGGAGGCAGAGCCAUGGACGCAACCGGCUCCGGAACACGCCUUCCACAAGAUUGAGUUUCCGUGAAUGA